UCUGUGUUGCUCCCGGAAUAGUGAAAGUGAAGACAGGAAGAACUAUUGCCAAAUUUUUUCUAAUUCUUAUUUGACCUGGCUCAAAUAUGUCACGUGGUUACAAUGCUUUCGUUCGAGGCAGUCGGAGCUCGUUUUCUCUACCAACCAACAUGGUGACGACGACGACGAUGAUGAUGAUGAUGAUGAUUAUAUCUGUGAUGAUACUUCCAUGCUCGUCACUCAAUCGUGUUGAAAUGACAAGCCUAACGCCUUUCGAUGGAUUUGGGGACGAAGAACUAACCAGAAUGGAAAUUACAUGUAACUUUGUAGCCAACAACUUAGGUUUCUUCAGACUCAGACGAAACGAUGAAGUCGUUGUUGAUAUUGGUUUCCACGAAGUUGUGGGAGUUUUUGAAGUCAUCUAUGCCGCGAAAGAUUUCGGUUGCAUCUUACCGCGAGUUGCAGCGACUAGAGGUGAAUUGCAUUGUUGGAAAAAUAACUUGGAUUGCAGAGAUGUAGCAUCUUAUACAUGUGAGAUAUCGAAUGCAAUCGAGUCGAAUUCAAGGUUUCUCAAAGUGAAAUCUUUUGUCAAAAGUCUUAAAAAUAUCGAUCUACCGUUUGAGAAGAAAAGUAAGGUGUCUACAUUCAGAUGUUUGGCCUAUGUUUCACCAGCUACACACAACUCUGUCACCUUUAGAUGGAUUGUCAGAUAUAAAAUGCCAAACACUGAACCACACAUGACAGACGCGAAAGUGUCUGUUCCGAAAAUUGGUCAAUGCUGCAUGCCAAUGCAGUCGCUAUAUCGACACAAGUUAACCAACAAAGAUGACACUGGGACAACGAUCUCAUGUUCGGCAUUUGGGAAAACACUUUCAGAAGAAGUGAAUAUCCUCGGUGCAAUAUCUGGCAGCCCCAUUUCUGCUCUACCACAUACAGCAUGGUUUUCUGUCUCCAAAAUUUCUCUUCUCUUUCUGGUUCUUGCAAGUUGCCGCUAGCAUCAUCCCGUUUUUGCUCCAGGAAUUAUAAGGAAGGUUUGUUUUCCCAUCUUAUUCCUUCUUAUCUGUGGACAAGAUUCAUCCAAUCGCAAAAAAAAAGGUCGAGAAAAUAUUUAGGAAAUUUCAUCACAUUUCGACAGGAAGAACUAUUGCCAAAUUUUCUCUAAUUCUUAUUUGACCUGGAUCAAAUAUGUCACGUGGUUACAAUGCUUUCGUUCGAGGCAGUCGACGCUCGUUUUCUCUACCAACCAACAUGGUGACGACGACGACGACGACGACAACGAUGAUGAUGAUGAUGAUGAUUAUAUCAGUGAUGAUACUUCCAUGCUCGUCACUCAGUAAGUUCAGAUUAAAAACAAUAAA